UGAAAGGUGUUAUUCACGGCAGGACUUCAUGGAGUAGACCACAGAGGUGGUGGUGUUGCACCAACAGUGCAGCUAAGGCCUUUUUGUUUGCGUAGUUUAUUGUUUUAUCACUUUAUUUUCUCUUAAAUUUGAGCUUAACAUCUAAAACGAAUGAGUAAGUUUAAAAGUCCUUACCACUAACUUUUUUUUUUUUAAAAAAAAGAAGAACUUGGGACCUUAAGCUACGCGCUUGUUGACGGACUUUCUCAUCAUUGGAAGGAUGUCUGAACGAUCGCAGAGUCCGGACUGCCAGAGUCGGCCUUAUGAUUUCAGCCGGGCCAACUCUUGUAGCCAGGCUUUGGAUCAAGAUGGCUUGGGCAACGGGUCGUCAUUCCAACUUUCUCAUGGUGUUUUCCCAGACCCAAGCCUGCUUUAUAGCAAAAGCGCUUAUGGCGGACUCACGUCCGCAUCCGCGCAGACCUUUUUCCCGUUCCCACCCGUCACCAGUGAUUACAGGGGAUCCGAUAUGCAGGCUGGAGAGUUUGGGCAACCAAAGCAUUGGUAUCCCUUCGCUGCGCCCGAGUACACCGGCCAGGUACCCGGCGUAACUGCAGCUACCCAGCCAACAAACUUGAGUCCCCCAAUCGCUGAGACCCGGGAGCAAAUCAAGUUGCCUGCAGUUAAAACGGAGAAAGACACCGAUGACUUCUCAACGGAGAUAAAGGUUCAGCAAUACCCGACCCCGGCAGCCUCCACAGCCAUGCCCCAUGGUGUCUUUUACUCUGCGGCCUGGAACCCGACUUUCUGGCCCGGAAUCACCCACAUACCUCCUCCUGGUAGCAAUAAUCAAAAUCCUUCAGCGUCCUCUGCAUCUUCCCCGUCUAUGUCUCCUUCACCACCGAGCAACGGGAUUCCUGGCAACGCGUUUUUCAACGUGAGCACAAACCAGGCUGCCACUGAGCCCCCAACGCAGAACCCGACCUCAGCCACGCGGAGCAGUGGGUCUUCAAGCGGAGGAUGCAGUGACUCUGAGGAGGAGAAUCUUUCCACUGAGGAAUUGGAGCAGUUUGCCAAAGAGCUAAAACACAAACGGAUUACUUUGGGGUUUACCCAAGCAGAUGUUGGCCUUGCACUGGGUCAUUUAUAUGGGAAGAUGUUCAGCCAAACAACCAUUUGCCGCUUUGAGGCUUUGCAACUAAGCUUUAAGAACAUGUGCAAGCUGAAGCCCCUUCUGCAAAGAUGGCUGGAUGAGGCAGAGACUUCGGAAAAUCCUCAAGAUAUGUAUAAGAUUGAGCGAGUGUUUGUUGACACUAGAAAGAGAAAGCGGAGGACCAGUCUGGAGGGAGCGGUGCGCUCAGCCCUGGAGGCCUAUUUUGUCAAGUGUCCCAAACCCAAUACCCAGGAGAUCACACACAUCUCUGAUGACUUGGGCCUGGAAAGAGAUGUGGUGCGUGUCUGGUUCUGCAACCGAAGACAGAAAGGAAAGCGCCUGGCCUUGCCAAUGGAUGAGGAGUGUGAAGGCCAGUACUAUGAGCAGAGUCUUUCGCCUCUCAACAUGGCUGCUCCUGCCAUCCCCACUCAAGGCUACCCUGCAUCCAGCUACCCUGGAGGCCCUCCUCCCAUGCUUUACAUGCCCCCGCUUCAUCGGCCCGAUGUCCUGAAACAAGCCCUGCACCCUGGACUGGUUAGUCACAUGACAGGAUAA